AUGUCCAAGGGUGCAUUGGCGCAGCGCAUUGAGAUGCUGGAGGCACAGCUCUCUGACAUCACGGAAAGAACGCCAUCUGCCAGUGGAGACCCCCCUGUAAACUCGCCAGUUGCACUACAGGCUGCCCAAGAGGAACGUCAGCCGCUCACAAACGGCCGAGUCUCGGCGUACUUUGGGCCUUCAUCCGGCGUGACCAUCACCGAGAAUCUGAGUCGGAUAGUAGAGGACGCUGCUUGGACAGAUAAAUCGAUUCCGAUCAGUGACGCAGAUCAACAGGAACAACGGUCGCCUGCCACUACAGUUGGGCAAGGCGACGUUGUGCCACCUGACGAUGUGGUUGGGAUGCAACUCCUCGAGGGAUACUUUAGCAAUAUGCACAUGCGAUUGCCAUUCGUCGACCGCGCGGAAAUUCUCCAGCUACACGCUAGACGAUCCGAUUCGCAUGACUUAAGCCCGCAAGAGCGAUACGGAAUGUUCAAGCUGUUCAUGGUGUAUGCCAUUGGAGCUGCGAUGCUACAGGUGACUGAAAGACGCGACUCGACUCCCCCCAGUGCAUUUUUUGAAAAUGCAAUACAAUUCGACGACACACUCCGGGAGUCGCUUUCCAUUGCUGGAAUUGAAGCGCGGAUGCUGAUGGUCCUGUACGAGUUGCGAUCGAGCUCUAGCUCCAGCGUGUGGUACAGCAUUGGCCUGGCGAUGCGGAUCUGCACUGAUUUUGGGAUGCACCGCGAAACACACUACAGGAGUCUGAGGCCGUAUGAGGCGCAGCUGCGGCGAAGAUUGUUCUGGAGCGUAUACGUGAUCGAGCGAUAUGUGUCGUGGUCGCUUGGACGACCAUUUAGCAUUGCAGAGGAGGAGAUCGAUGCGAAGCUUCCGGCUGACACCGAGGUAAUGAUCAACCACGAUGACAAAGUGAAAGACCCAUCGAAUGUCGCGGAUAGAGCAGAAAUACCAAUCCUCAGACGAUUCAUUGCCACCGUUCGUCUGCAACGGAUCAUGUCCUGCAUACAUACCAAAAUCUACCGCGUGGACAGAGAAAUGUCUACAUUAGUCCCAGAGAUUUCUCCGUUAUUGGCUUCGCUGGAGGAGUAUAAAUUGGCACUCCCCCCUCUGGAGCCUCACGAGGAUGACUUUAUCCAAAUGCAUUGGAAUAACUGUAUCCGUGCUCUGCUUCAGCCCUUCUUGAGCAUUCUCAAUCCAGAGGAUGGUCUUAUCAAGACCUGCCUGCAUGCAUCAGGCCAGACGUGCCAGUUUUUCAAGCGCUUGCGCCAGAAGAAUGCGUCGGGAUACUCAUUCCUACUGGUGAAUGCGGUGUUUGUUGCCGGACUUACAAUGUGUUUCUGUCUGUUCCGAUCUCCCCGUCUGUGGACAACGAGCGUUGCAAAUGAUCUUCGCGCCUGCUCGUCGGCGCUGUUCGUCAUGGCGGAGCGCAAUCCCAGCCUAAGAAAGUAUCGCGACGGCUUGGAGAAUACGAUUAACCAAGCAAUGGACUUUGUCAAUGAGGCGUCAUCUGGUAGUUUGUGUACAUCGAACCAGCCUACAGCGGGAGGAGAGGCGCUGCAGAUACCGACCCUGGCCAUUCUCGAGGACUCUGGUAAUCCUACGGCGAGUGUUUUGGAUUCGCACGCCGCACCUUUUUCGGUAGAGGCUCGGGGACACGGAGAUCCUCUGGAUGUGCGAAAUCCGUUCACAGGAAUCUUUACCGAAGACUUUUGGACUGGAGACGGGUUCAAUCUACCCCUGCUGGAUGGCUUUGCUUGGUGA